AUGUGCUCUCAGCCUAUCACUGUGCAAGAAUUUCUUGAUGCACUUGUUGGUUCACGGGCCUUUGAAAAGCUCAAGUCAUUGCUUGAUGAACAAGCCAACGAUAAUAAUUCUGUAAUACUUCAUAAUACAAUAUUGUGUAAAUGCAAUCAAAAAGGAACAGGUCUGAUCAUUCCAAUUGUCAUGAUCCAGGAUGAUAAAAUCCCAGUUACAGAGAAUAACGUGUCAUUCAUCAGUAUUCAAGUUAGAAAUCGAGAGGCUGAUGAUCAGCCAACUGAUAAUUAUUAUCAGCUAAAGAAUGAACAACAAGAAAGCGAGCCAACAGCUCAUUAUAUUGGAAUUGACAGUAGCAUAAUUUAUCCUUUACCCUAUCUUGGCAUUUAUAUAAGUCUUGGUGUGACAUUUGAAGAUGAGAGAAUGGGACAUUUGAGCAUUUAUGAACUCUCAAAGAGUGUGUAUUCAUGUCUUAAGAACAAAGAUAGUGCUAUAGAACUAUUAUUGCACAAGUUGUUGAUAUCAUGUGUUGAUCCUGUUGAAAAAGAAGAUGGCAAACUGUGGGAUGGACACGAAGCAAAUGAUGAAUGGAUCUAA